AUGUGAUCGUAUUCGUUUCAGAGCUUCUACACCGAGUUUCUUACCUCAGCUUUGCAAUGUCUCGCAGUUGACGACUCCUUAUCGUGUAUGAUCUAGCUAACCGUAAGAUUUGUGAAUUGAUACUUCGUGCCGAUUAUUCACUACCAAUCGAAACAAAUGAAUGCUCCAACUCUGGCGACCCAUUGGAUGAUAGUGGCGAACUCUACCUUGAACGAGGCCGUCAGUCAUGAUACCUAUCAUCCAAUUUGGAAGAAGUUCGUGACGAAUCUUCUGAACUUCCGACAAUCCCUCUCCUGUACAGUGUGCAAAGGAAUUUUGGAAGAAGCGUACACUCCCAUUCCCAGCAGCUAUGAUCAAGAUUGUCAGCAUCAUGCUUGCAAGGCAUGUUUAGGAAAGAAGAAGUCUUUGAAACCUCCUUGCUCAUGGUGCAGGGACUAUGAGAAAUACGUCCGGUGUACCAUCAUCGAUACGCACGUGCGGAGUUACGAGAAUCUAUGCGAAUAUUUGCGUCAAUCAAGACAGUAUGCGAUCAUCAAAAACGAGAAAAUUGUCGAUUUAACAUGCUCCAUCUCACUGCCGGAUUCGUUACAAGAUUCACGUGGCUUGUGUGUCGAAAAACUGGUCAACGAAAUCAUGAUGAUGUCUGGAGGCGGCGGUAUUGGAGUUAUACGGGACCAAGCGUUAAGUCAAAUUAAAGAGGACCCUUGCGACCUAUCCGAUGAAAAUUCGGACUCCCGUUCGGAAGAAUUAGAGGAACCAGAAUUCAAGUUGUUUGGAGAUCUGGGUUCCCCGUCAGGUCUCUGCGCUGACGUGAAGUGCGACGAAAGUUUCAGUUUCUACCCAUUGCAUGAUGAUAUAUAUAUCAAAACGGAGUCAUUUUUCGAUGAGCAAUUAAACACUGAUACCGACGUGGAUUUUGGACAAACGCUGGAUACGUUCAUGCUACCCGAGGAUUUACCGGAACCACAAGUGGAAGAACCGUCUACUAGCUCAGUUACGCACUUCCCAACUUCGACCGUUCAGCUCGACCAGCCUCCAAUUUUAUCAAAUCACACGGUUCUUCUGUCGAUAAACGCUCAAGGAUUAUUGGAUCAGAAUGCAUUGGAGAAUGGACUUGCUUUGGCUCCUGUGAAUUCCGUUCGACGUCAGCACAGUGGGAAGUCGAACAAAGCCCGCAAGGGUUGUAGAUGCGGAACUGCCACAAACAAUCCUGGUACACUGACGUGCUGUGGUCAGCGUUGCCCAUGCUACGUAGAAGCGAAAGAGUGCGUAGAUUGCAAGUGUCGCGGCUGUAGGAACCCAUACAGAUCUGGUGGUAGGAAGGUUCGACCACAUAUCGUUCCUACUGAGAACAUCCAGGUUCAUUUCCCACCGAGUCCGAAGCAGUUCGUUCGCGGAGGUCGUGAAGCUCAUGGGCUUCCCGGAGUUACGUCGAAACUUCCAACAGUUUACCUUACUGGAGUCAUGGACCCGUCGUCGGAAGGUGGAAAUGUUGACUGGCUCAAACUAAAUUGCGCGGACCCACUUGUACCUCAGACACCGAGUGCAGCAGACGUUACAUGGUAUCAAUUACCGCAAACGUGAUUUUUUUAGGUUUAGUGUUCGUUUUGUUUUCCUGUUUGGAAGCGCUUUUGAAAAUUCAUCAUGAAGUGGAAGAACGUUCGAAGCAUCGCCCUUGGAAGAAAUUGUUAUUGAUGUCAUCGGUUGUUCAAUUCGAUACUAUAUACGCGGUUAACGAACUUAUUUUGAACGCCGUUUUCAGUUUUUAUUUUUUAACGAAUUUUGAUGACCAUUCCUUUAUUCUCUCGGUAAUAGAUGGAGGUUAAACUCCGUUUCAAAUAAAUAUCGUACAAGUAAAGCCUAUAUGCGAUUAAAAUCUCCCCGUUGAAAAUUCUAGGUCUCGUACGGUACGUUUAUUCCCCUUUCUGGUAGUGUCGCUCGCGUUGAACGCAAUCGAAAGGUUUUGCAAGAUUUUUUCAGACCAUAUUUGAAAGAAAAUAUAUUCCCGUAGAACGAUGCUGAACACUUAAUCUGAGGAGAAAAUUAUAUCUGAGUUCAGCUGCUUCAUUCGAUAAAAAAGGAAAUUGUAGACAUAUUAACAAAGCAGUUGCAUGUCAUUCCGUGUCCGAACGGAAGACGUUUUUUUGAGCAGAGUCUUGCGCUGUUCCGCGUGUCAAAUUUGGUAUCGAAUUUUGAUCAGCUAACUGGAAAAUUGAUUAAGAUUGGUUUAUGUGUUAAUAAGAGUAACGCAUACUUUUUCGAACAUACGAUGAGAUAAGAAGCGUCGAGCUCAAUCUGAUACUUUGAUGGAUUAGGCGUGGAAAACUUCCUUUCGUAAGACGAGUUGCAAUCGGCAAUUACAAGGGGAGGAAGGAAUUCGAAUUCUCACUACCGGAGGGCUUCGUUUUUGUUUUGUUCUGUGUUUUUGAGGAUUUUAAAGCAAUCGAAGCAUGAACUGAUCCCAGGAAAUCGAAUGUCACCUGGGGUCGGCAGUGCAUGGGCAUUGCUGUUGGUCUCGGUGAAGCCACCUCCCGAAUGUUUCCAUCAGCGCUUUGUACGUGUGUGGUGCUGUCGAAGGAUCUGCAGAAUUUUUUCAACUCGAUUAUUUUGAUGUUCUCUGCAAGAAUGUACUGCAUAAACUAUUAUUUAACUUAGAGUCCGGAUUCUUAGAUUUGUGAGGCAUCAUCUUGACUAGUAUUUAUGCUUUAGAGCGACGCUUUGAUCUAUUUCGAAUGGUUCGUUUCUUACAAAUUUUCAAGUGCUUUGAAUAUUCCUCUGCUUCAUCGAUGGAUUAUGGCGUUUGAUACGAUCAAUACAGUAUCUCAGUUCAUGAAACUGCAAGAUUUUUCGCGAAUGGAGGAUUCUUGUGGUUUGAGACAUUUCUUCAGAGAAAAAUUCUGCAAAUUUUACGGCAUCGUCAUUCAACUUCAGUGAAUUUUUCCCCCUGCGUGGUUAUCCAGACGCGGGAAUGUGAUGGACAAAUUUUGAACUAAGUUUCGUUUCCGAUUUUGCUCUGAUUCUCUGCUGGUUUCCGAGGAUGCGAAAAAUUAUUUUUUUGUAUUCGCUGGAGUUUCUUGAAUGUGUAAUUUGGAACUCGUGUGUGUGAGUAGGUGUGUGGUAUGGUUUUGAUUUUCCUGCCGUCAUCCGUUUUGCGAUCCGAGGCAUUCAGUGUGCUUCCGCGAAGACCUAGGGCACUUUUACCUGACUUUGUGCAUUUUUUUGCAAGCUGCUUUUUUAUGGGUAUCUUUUUUUUUUUUUCGUGAAGGAAGUCCCGGGUUUUUGUUUUUCCCGAUUCUUCGAUGCUAAAGAACGCUAAUUUCCGCGGCAUAUCAGAGUAAAUGUUGAGCCUGGCGACGUUCAAGUUUUUACGUGGGGAUCGCGGAGCUGGAAGAUUUUGAAGAGCACUUUGAAGAAGCCCGUUCAUUCUUGGAUUGAGUUGUGAUCUCACGCGAUGGUCAUGUGGUUUCCUAUAUGGUUCUUACUCGGUUCCGCAUAUAAAAGCUGUUUGAAUAAACGUGUUCUUGUAGCAAAGAGCUAACA